GGCAUCCAAGUGACCCGAUAAGAUGGCUGACCAACCGGAGCGCCAAGCCCUGCGCCACAAUUACACGCAGAGCGCGCCUCCAGAGUUCAGCUCCAUCGUUCAGUCCGCCGAGCAGCCAGUUAACUCCGCCUGUCAUCUCCUCUACACAACUUAAACCAACCAACCCACCUGCGUCCACUCAUCGUCCAUCCAUGAACCAAACUGCCGUUUAAUACCCGCAGAUAUAUAUCCCUCACUUUCGCCAUACCAGCCCCCCAUACCCACGUAGAGAGGAUCAAAUUCCUGUUCUUGUGGACACGCUCUCUGUCUUAUUAUUAUUGCACCAGCAGACGGUAUAUCUGUCUUAUUCCACGAAGACGAAAAGAAGAUCGAGACUAAGAGAUAUACAUAGCUCCAGACCAAGAGAUAGAGAAACACCAUUACCCGUCAAAGUUAUUUUACGUCUCUUUUAGUACGGCCACCCUGUUUCCGGAAACGACAAAAUGGCCAUCUGUCUUACAUUCGGGACCCAAGAAUUUACGUCCCGCCUGAAGGGGUAUGAAAAUGUCACUGCACAAUGCCAUAACUGCGGAAAUUGGUCCGCGCAUUGCGCCACAAGAUGGCCUUGGUUUACUGUUUGCUUCAUUCCCGUUAUUCCUCUAUCAACUCGCAAAUAUAAGGAGGUAACCUGCCAUGUAUGCCACUUCGCACAGGAUCUAAGCAAUCGACCAGAUGUCCAAUCGCAAGCCGGUGGAGGCCCACCGGCUCAACCACUAGGACCAUAUCAAGGGCCCCCUGGAUGGGGACCCCAAGGCCCAGGAGCCCCGGGAGGGCCAGGAGCACCAGGACAACCGCAGCCGGGUUACUGGUAUAAGUAACCUACGGAACUAGGAGCGUCCUUUUGGCCUUGGUCGGACCCGUUUCUUUUCUUCUCCCCUCUUCCUCCGCUUCUCCUGUUUAUGUUUUCUGGCUCACUUAUAUCUCUUUUGUCUUGCUGUACUUUAUGAGCUGUUUCGCUCCUUCCAUUCUUUUGUUGUGUUGGUUUUCGACCUUUCCAAUCUCCCCUUACCACCCAGUUUAUGGGAUAUCUCGAUACUCUCAUGGUCGCAUCGCCAAUAUACGUUUACAUACCCAACUGUUUAUUGAAACUUGCUUAUUGAUGGGGGAUUUUUAUCUUUUCUCCUAGUUUCCUUAGUUUAGUUGCUUUCUACUUGGGCGUGGUUUUUGGGUACGGAUGUCUUAUAAUAAGAUACGGAGUUGCAUUUGGUGGGCUUAAUAGGAAUAGGACUCGAGCAGUUAUCAUCAGUAAUAGAAUUAUUUUAUUUAUCCCAAGCGGCACACUUUCAUACGAUUUUGCUCAAUCAUCAUCCGUGUUGCUUUUCUGUUAAUUCAUUCGCAAAGGGGGCAAAUGAUGUCACGAUAUGCAAUGUCUGUGGAUGCUGAAAGUAAAUUGAAGGAAAGGUAAAUAAAUAAGAAAUGACUAGCUGAGAGCAAGGGUAAAAAUGACAAAAAAAUAGACAACAUGAAGGCAAUAAGAACAAACCAUAAAAAGAAGAGAGUAAAAGGAGAAAGCGUUUCGUUAAUCGUUCAUUCCAAGCUCCAGCU